GAGCCAGGCCGGGCUGCGGACGCUCGGGCCAGAGCGGCGAGCGGGCCGCCCAGCCCCCAUGUGCCCGCAGCCGCCCAUGGAGGUGAUGGAGGGGCCGCUCAACCUGGCUCAUCAGCAGAGCAGAAAAGCUGACCGUUUGCUGGCAGUGGGGAAGUACGACGAAGCCAUUUCUUGUCACAGAAAGGCAGCAGCAUAUCUUUCGGAGGCUAUGAAGCUGACACAAUCAGAUCAGAUUACUUUUCACAGUCUACAGAUUGACAGCCAGUGGCAGCCUUUCCAAGGUGCCCAAAGUGUCCGGCUGUCAGGAGAGCACAGAGUAAGAAAUAAACCUGUUUGCAUCCUUUCUGAGUGCUUGUUGCACUUCAUCAAGGCCCAUUUAUCAUUGGAAUUACAAAGGGAGAGCCAUCUGAAGCAGAUACUCCUUAUCCAAGAGCGGUGGAAAAGAGCCAGAAGAGAAGAGAGGCUAAAACUGCAACAGACUCUGGAGAAGGAUAGUGCUGCCCACCUAGCAGUCGCCUGUAAACCAUCAGCUGAGGAGUCUGAUGACCAACAUGUGGCAGCCCCUGCUAGUCUCAAAGUCAACCCCUCCCCAGAGAAAGAUGUGCCGGCAAUCCAGGGUGUCUUGGACAGGGACCCAGAUACGCUACUGUUUCUGCUUCAGAAAAGAAAGGAACCACCAGAAGCCUGUGUAAGAGCCAAAACUCCAAAAGACGACAAGACAAAAGUGGAGGAGCAGGCUACCAGAAUUGCAUUUCUAGAGCAGCAUGUGGAAUUUCUGCUAGCUGAAAACGAGCGAUUGCGGCAAGAAAACAAGCAGCUGAGAGCCGAGAAGUCCAGGCUCCUGAAAUCCCCCCUGGAAAAGGAGCUCGACGUCGAUGCUGACUUUGUGGAGAAGUCAGAGUUGUGGGGGCUGCAGCCCCAUCCAGAAACUGCUGCUACAUCGACUUCAGCAUGGCAGAAAUUUACCACCAAUGCAGGGAAGGCCAAGGACAUUCCAAUCCCCAAUCUGCCCCCGCUGGACAUUCCGUCCCCUGAGCUCCCUCUCCUGGAGCUCUCAGAGGAUAUGCUGAAAGGACUCAUGAACAGCUAAGAGGAGAGCACAGAGUAUGCUCGCUUGUAGCUCAACAACAUCCAAAAAGGGAAACCACCGGUACAGCUGAGAUCCAAGGGCAGAAAUGUCAGCUGCGACCCUAGCAAGGGAGAAAACCUUCGUGACGCUGUCACUGUGGAAAAUAUGCAUGGCGUUGGAUUGCUCCAUCAGAGCUUGCUGUUUACCAUCGUUGGUAACAGUUAAGCACUCUUUUCUUCUUCAAGCCAAAUGACUGAGGGGAGAUCCGAGUCACACGAUUCUGCAGGGCUUUGGGGUAUGCCGUGUGAAACAAGUCUCUUUAAUGCCAUAGAACGAUGCAAUGCCGAAGUGAUUCAGGCCAGAGGAUGUCUGUCUUGGCAGUGGAAGAACUUUCUGUAAUUGCUUGUUGGCGUCAUUAUGCACAAAAACUUGUCAGAAGAUGGGAUGCCUCUGUUCCUGGCAGGAUGGAUCUAUGUGCCACACUUCCAUGCUCCUAACCUAAAAUGUAAUGUCAGCCAAUCAGGAGAGAUGCUAAAUUUCCAUUUUCUUUCAAGGAACCAAAUUUAGUUCUGCUGAAAUUUUCGAUUUGUUUACAUAAUCAGGGUGCUUCAUAAUGUCUGUCUUCUAUACAAGAAACUAUGAGGCAAUGUUUCCGAUGAAUAUGCAAGGAAGAACAGUCCUUGUUGCAUGAGUGGAAGUGAUGAUAGCUGCCAGAAAAUAAAAUGUUUCAGGUCUG